GAAGAACACUCUUGUUUGUUUUCCAACGAGAUGGCCAAAAUUGUAAAGCAACAGCUGCCUAUUUAUAAUCUUCCUCUGCAUCUCGUGAACUCAUAAUUCUUAUUUUCUUGCUUCGAUUUCUCAGUGGACAGCGAUUCUUCAAUCCACGGAGCCAUGGCCGAUGAAGCGACAAACGGGAAUGCCCACGCUUGCUGCCGCCAUGGACCAGGCUACUCUUCUCCUCUCCACGCCAUGUCCGGCCCCAGAGAGUCUCUGAUAUACGUCACCGCCGUCUACUCCGGGACUGGGAGAAACAAGCCGGAUUAUCUGGCUACUGUGGAUGUUGAUCCUAACUCUCCUAAUUAUUCCAAAGUUAUCCAUCGAUUGCCCGUACCGUAUAUUGGGGAUGAACUGCACCAUUCUGGGUGGAAUGCGUGCAGCUCUUGCCAUGGAGAUCCUUCUGCAGAUCGCCGUUUUUUGAUCCUUCCGGCGCUCGUCUCGGGUCGCAUAUAUGUGAUCGACACGAAAAUGAAUCCCACUGCUCCAUCUCUGCACAAGGUUGUUGAACCUGAAGACAUCAUACAGAAGACUGGAUUAGCUUUCCCACACACAUCCCACUGCCUCGCCUCUGGUGAUAUAAUGGUGUCAUGUUUGGGAGAUAAAGAUGGAAAUGCAGCAGGAAAUGGGUUCCUUCUUCUUGAUUCAGAAUUCAAAGUUAAAGGAAGGUGGGAAAAACCAGGGCAUAGUCCCCUGUUUGGAUAUGACUUUUGGUAUCAGCCCCGGCACAAGACAAUGAUAAGCACAUCAUGGGGUGCCCCUUCUGCUUUCACAAAAGGUUUCAACCUUCAACAUGUUGCUGAUGGUCUUUACGGUAAGCAUCUUCAUGUGUAUAGCUGGCCUGAUGGUGAACUGAAACAAAUGUUGGAUCUUGGCGACACUGGUCUUAUACCCUUGGAAAUAAGAUUCCUGCAUGAUCCUUCCAAAGAUACAGGUUUUGUUGGGUGUGCAUUGACAAGUAACAUGGUUCGUUUUUACAAGAACCAAGAUGGUUCGUGGAGUCACGAGGUUUCCAUUUCAGCGAAACCAUUGAAGGUUCAAAACUGGAUACUUCCGGAAAUGCCUGGUCUCAUUACUGACUUUCUGAUCUCGCUCGAUGAUCGCUUUCUGUACUUUGUGAACUGGCUACAUGGAGAUGUGAGACAGUAUAACAUUGAGGACCCUAAAAGUCCUAAGAUGGUGGGCCAAGUGUGGGUCGGUGGACUGAUCCAAAAGGGGAGUCCUGUAGUAGCUGAGGCAGAGGAUGGUACAACAUUCCAGUUUGAUGUCCCUGAAAUCCAGGGGCACCGUUUGAGAGGAGGACCUCAAAUGAUACAGUUAAGUUUGGAUGGGAAACGGCUUUAUGUGACCAAUUCCCUUUUCAGCGCAUGGGAUCGUCAGUUUUACCCUGAUUUGGUUGAGAAAGGUUCCCAUAUGCUGCAGAUUGAUGUUGAUACUCAGAAAGGUGGGCUCGCUAUUAACCCGAAUUUCUUUGUGGACUUUGGAACCGAGCCCGAGGGGCCUUCGUUGGCCCACGAGAUGCGAUAUCCUGGAGGUGAUUGCACAUCAGAUAUAUGGAUCUAAGCAAUGUAUGUAUGUUCAUGGAAUUUCUCAAUAACCAUUCAGCUUUGAGGAUGAAGCAUGAAUAUUUGUACACUCUGUUUUUCUUACUGUAUGUUGGCCUGUAGCACUCUUUGAAGUUAAUCAAAUAAAUAAAAUGUCGAUGAUGGAAGUUGUUCUACUCUUA